AUGAGCAAGGGCGCUGGCGAGUUGGCUGUUCACGCCGCGCAGGCUGGCGCGGCUGCUGUCAUAGUUAUCCCGCCCUAUUACGAAGCUCACAACCUCGAGGAGACACGCAAGUUCCUCCAAGACAUCCAUAACGCAAGUGGAUUACCUAUUCUCUACUACAAUAUCCCGAGCAUCAGCGGGUUGACUUUGUCAGCCCAGAAUAUUGCAUCACUUUCGGACGUCGGUGUCAAAUACCUGAAAGACACCUCGGGCAAUGCUCCAGUCUUGACUGACUUGCUCUUGACCUACGGCCAAAAGAUUACGACCUUCAACGACUUGAACACUCUGACCUUCUAUGGUCUGGCUGCGGGCACAAAGGGUUCCAUCUGGGGUGCCGUCAAUAUUAUUCCCGAGCUUUCUGUCGAGCUUUGGAAUGAACCCUGGCCGUAG